UGCUCGAAUACUAUCUGCAAAUGACUCACCAAAUACUAAACCUAUGACUACAAACAAUCUUACAGAGAGAAUAAAUAAGUUAGUUGAAGGCCAAUGUGUAGGUACUCAGCUAGUUAACCACUUUAUUAAAAGAUUAUAUAGUAUUACUUUAACACAGGACAAUAUUAUUAAAGAAACCUCUUCACAGUUAGUAUUUGAAGCAGCUACAGAAAGAGACCUAUUUUGGCUUGCUAAGAUACCUACACAGAGGACUUUAAAUAUUAGUACUUCUAAAAUUCAUGAUGCAAAACCUCAAAAUCAACUAGUUUUACAAAUUGAUAAUGAUUUAAUGCUACUUGAUGAUAAAUUAGAAUUAUUAGCUGCAUUUGAAUUGGACCAAACUUUGCUAUAUAAUUUAGGAGAGCAAUUAAAUUUAUUGUCUCUGUCAAUUCAAAAUCAAGAAUAG